CUGCUCCUCCUCAACUGCGACCAAGAUCCAGGCCUCAGAUUCAACAUGACUUCGCUCUUGCCCGAGCCCUCCAAGUCGGGCUUCGACUUCUCGCUGCACAGCCGGAAUGCGCAUCUGUCUUCGCAGUCCGGCAUGUCGCUGCCCAAGGCCACGAGCACGGGCACGACGAUUGUCGGCUGCAUCUUCCGCGACGGCGUCGUCCUCGGCGCCGACACGCGGGCGACCGAGGGCCCCAUUGUGGCGGACAAGAACUGCGAAAAGAUCCACUACAUCUCCGACAACAUCCGGUGCUGCGGUGCGGGCACGGCGGCCGACACGGAGUUUGUGACGGCGCUCAUCAGCAGCAACAUGCAGCUCCACGGCCUGCACACGGGCCGGAAACCAAGAGUGGUCACGGCCAUGACGAUGCUCAAGCAGCGCCUCUUCCAGUACCAGGGCCACAUUGGUGCUGCACUCGUCCUUGGCGGCUAUGACGCCAGUGGGCCGAACCUCUUUACCGUCGCGCCACACGGAAGCACAGAUAAGCUGCCGUACGUCACCAUGGGCAGUGGAAGCCUGGCUGCGAUGAGCGUCUUCGAGAGCGGCUGGACAAAGGACAUGGAUCGAGAAUCGGCAGUUCAGCUCGUCAUCGCCGCCAUCUCUUCGGGCAUCUUCAACGACCUGGGAAGUGGAAGCAACGUCGACGUGUGCGUCAUCACAAAGGACCAGACGGACAUGUACCGCAACCUGGAGAAGCCAAACGAGCGGGGCGUCAAGGAGCAAAAGUACGGGUUCAGCAAGGGCACCACCCCGUGGACAAAGGAGCGGAUCCGCGAGAUGAUCGUUCGGGAAGAUGUCCUUGAGGUCGGAAAAGGGACCGUGACCGCGACAACAGAGACUAUGGACACGAGCUGAAGCCGUUCCUGUGGCAGAGAGAUAGCAGAGGGGACAUGACGAAUCAUGAGAUUUAAUUGAACGUUCCAUUGCUGAAGGAAGGGGGUGAGAUGGCAGUGUGAUGAAAUCGCAUGAGAAGGGAGAGAGUAAUGUACACGGCAUGAAUGAAGCUACAGAAUAUCACCAACCCCAGUCGUCGUCGUCUCUCUUGUCGCCGUCCUUUGUCCCCUUGUCGAGCUGUUCCGACGACUUGGUCGGCGGGCUGGUCACGAGGCGCUUGUUCUCGGCCUGCGAGAGUGGUGCGUCC